UGACAGAGACGGCGGCGGGAAGAUGCCGUCACGGAAUGCCCUAUGGAUGUGGAUAAAGCUCCUCGGGCUGGCACUGGCGGUGCUGGACCUCGCGUUGGUUACGGCACAAUCGAACUCACCGCAAACAUGCCCACCGGGUAGCGACAUCAGCCCGUGCGUCUGCCAGGUGAAGAAGAACGGGCUGGACAUCCUGUGCGAGGCGACCGACGUACAGCACAUCACUAAGGCGAUGAGUGCGCUGAAGGGCAAGAGCCCGAUCAUCUUCUACCUGAAGCUGCGCCACAACAACUUACCGAAGCUGCAGGGUUUCGUGUUUCUGGCGCUUGACAUUCGGCACCUUACCAUCCACAACAGCAGUCUCGCCACCAUCGAGGAAACAUCGCUGAGCUCGCUGGGACGCGGACUCACCCAGCUCGAUGUGUCCCAAAAUCAACUGAUGAGCGUACCGUCGAGUGCGUUGAAGAAUCUCCACUAUCUGCUGAUUCUGAACCUGAACCACAACCGCAUCUCCCAGAUCCACAACCGAGCGUUCGAGGGACUCGACACGCUCGAGAUUCUCACCAUCUACGAAAACAAGCUCACACUCAUCGAACCGGACGCGUUCCGUGGAUUGGACAAAAAGCUGAAGCGGUUGAACCUGGGCGGAAAUGAUCUUACCGCCGUGCCGCAGAAGGCACUCUCGAUGCUGGAUAAUCUGCGGAAGCUCGAGCUACAGGAGAAUCGCAUCAAAACAAUCAAGGAAGGUGACUUCGAAGGUUUGGAGAAUCUGGACUCGUUGAUUUUGGCCCACAAUCAGCUUACGGAAGUACCGGCAAGGGUAUUCUUUCAUCUCACGCUGCUCAACUCACUCGAGCUGGAGGGCAACUCCAUCUCGUACAUCGCGAAGGAAGCGUUCGAAGGAUUGGAAGAAAACCUACAAUAUCUCCGCCUGGGGGACAAUAAUCUCCACAUCAUCCCGAGCGAAGCGCUGCGCCCACUGCACCGCUUGCGACAUCUGGACCUGCGCUCGAACAACAUCUCCGUUAUUAGUGAGGACGCUUUUGUGGGUUUCGGCGAUUCGAUAACCUUUUUAAAUCUUCAGAAGAACGACAUCAAGGUCCUGCCGGCGCUCGUGUUCGAAAAUCUCAACUCCCUCGAGACGCUCAGCAUUCAGAACAACAAGCUAACGCGCAUACCGGAGGAAGUGAUGGAGCCGAUCAUGGACUCGCUGCGUGUCGUUGAUAUUAUGGAUAAUCCAUUGAUCUGUUCAUGCGAACUCGUCUGGUUUCCGAACCUGCUGCGGGAGCUGAAAAACCGGGACGACGAGAUGACCCAGAAGAAGCGCCCGAUGUGCACGAUGCAGAACGAACACCGGGAGUACUACGUCCAGAACAUGCCGCUGGAACGGAUGAACUGUGUCGGCAAGAAGUACCACACGUCGUCACUUAGUGGCAACGGUACGCCGGGCAGGGAGCAGCUGCUGCCGGCGCUGGUUGCGCUCGUGACCGGAAGCGCACUGAUUGGUUACGGCAGGCUCCGCUAGGCACGUGCGGCGGCGGUGAGUAGGUAGAUGGGGAAUGCUGGGGAAGUGGGAGGUAUGGAAAUAAAAACAAAAUGGUGCAGACGAGCGCAUUUUCUUUCCUAGCACCACUCGGUGAGGAAGAAUCUAACGUGUGUAGUAGUGUAGGGUAAGAAACUAGGGCUAGAAAAAUAUGGGGGAACGAAAGAUGGCAAAGAUGGCAAACGGUAACGGUACGGUUGGCAAGAAUGCACCGCACCAGCGAUGGAAACAAAUACAAAUGUCACUUUGAUUUUCCACACUUUGCUUUUCCAAUUAAGCGAUCAGACAAACACGCACGUCAAAGCAUUUUCAAGCAAGAUGCUGGAAACGGUACGGGAAAGAAAUCCCUUUCGGAGCAGGGCCCGUGUGCCGCUGAUUGGCGCAAAUCGACCUCUGAUCGUUCACCCUACAGGUGCGAACCCGGUUGGUGCACCGCGCAAAACAAAAAAUCACAUUACCAAAGAGUCUUUCAAUGAAGUAAACUAUGCAAACGUUUCCGGACUGCGUUCCUUCCUGUCGAUCUUAUCGGGCUCGUGCAAAGGAACGCUUCCGGAAGAUGGGACAAUGGUGUUAGCUUCCAGGGCAAAUUAUUAAAGAAAACAAACAAAAUCGCGUGUUACAGUUAUUCGCGCAACGCAACCCAUUCCGUGUAUUGUGUGCGUAACGCGUAGACAAACACACAAUUAUUAUGCUUCGAUGGUUUUGAUUUGUUCCUUUGCAAAAACAAAAAAACGAGGAACGAAAAAUGUUCUAAACGCUGAUUUGUGAAGGUUAUUUUCUGCUUUAGAUUAGGGUUAUUGCAUGUAGAUUAUAAGGUGCUUCACGUAACGCACAUUCAUCUUAUUCAUCAUGUAUGCCACAUCAUCUAAUGGUAGGGGGGAAAAGGUUUAGCUUCAAACAUGGAAAGCAAGCAUAGACAGUAAGGAAACGGUCACUUUAUGGCACACUUGACACAGCUCGAGUUCAAAACAAACCCUCCAAGUGUUAUCUAACGAAACGUGGACUGUUGUCUAGUGUCAGGUACAAUGGGCCACGUUUCGUGCACUGGACGGCCAUUAUGUGUUGCAGGGUUAUUUUUUUGUUCCUUCCGUUUUAACAAUGAUCCCUUUUUAAGAAUGCUUUCGUUUAGUGAAGAACGUAGGAUAGGAUCCAAAGAAAUAAAAACCAGUCAGUUCGAGCAGUUCGAAACGUUCGCACUGAACGAACGAACUGCUCUACUACACUCUGUACACCAGUGCAGCGCAAAGAUGAAUGUAUUUAAACCUAUUUACAUAUAAGAAGGCGUUUUACAUCUUCACACCAGCUAAGAAUGGCUUCUUCUGUACGUGUUGUUUUGUGUUUUAUUGAAGCACCAUGCAAAACUAUUUACAAAAGCAUACCAAAAAAAAAAAACAAACAAGAAGAUAAUUAAACAUUCUGAAAGCAAGCACAUAAUGGCAUUAAAGAAAAACAUAUCAAUGUGUGAAUUUAAGCAUAAAAUUUAAGAAUAUUUGCAUUAUACCUAUAUACACGUAUACGCAUAUAAUUGCGCCCCCACAAACAAAAAAAAAACAUAUCCAUGAAUAUAUGUAUUGCACCAGCUGUGAAGCUAUCAGUAAGAAAGCUAACACAAUCCUAACCUUACAAAACUGAAACAUAUCAGAUGAUGAAUUUAAUUGUUGCAUUUGAAAAACAGAAAAAAAACUCACACACACACAAACAAACUUCACACUAGAUGUCUAUAUUUAAAAAGAACCAUUUAAAAAAUGAACAAGAUGGAUUAAAUAUUAUAAAGCAUACAAAAAAAAAACAUAUCAAAAACCAGUAUUCCACAACAUAAGAGCAUAUGAAUAUGAGCAUAAGAUACCGGUUAGAUAAGGUGAAACAACCCCUGCGUGACAUUUUGCGGGGUGAGAAAUGAAAUGAAACGAUACAAUCAUGUUGUUACAUUUUGAUACAUUAUUGUCUAUACAUCACCGAUGGGGGAUGUCCCAAAUUUUGCAAUAACACAAAGGGGUCCUACAAAAACCACCACGGUUUCUUCCCGCUUAUUCCCCCUCAAUCACACACAUAUCAAAUCGUGCGCGAGUUAGUGUAAGCCUCGUACGUAAUACAUAUCACCCUGCCAUGCGACAUGGACGACUCUUGAAUGUAUGAAGGCACCAUUUUGUGUGCAACUUGUCAAUGCGAUAAGGUUCGACCGGUGGAGUAAGGGGUAAGAACGCAGGUCAGACGUAUUCCAUGAUACAUAAAGUGCAUAUCAAUCUUUUGACUUUUUCUUUACACCAUCCUUUGGUGCGCGUUAAACAAUUCCACAUGUACCGGUGUAAUGGGUUGAUAAAAUCAACUGAUCCGAGCAUUAUUCAUCUUAUACGUGUGCCGUUUCAGAAGCAAAAUGUUAUGAUUUUUUGUUUAUUUAGAAUGCUAUAAGAUGUAUCUUUAAUAAUCAUUCAAGACGAUUUAGAAAGUUCAUAAAAAACAACACAAAUCUCAAAUCACACACAUAUCCAAACAUAUCAUUAGACGAUAAGCACCAUUUUUCAUAUUGCAUCCCAUUUUUCCUAUUCUUUCCUUCAUUGUUCUAUCGCUACAAUGGACGAGAGAGAGGUUUAAUUUGUAAGUGUAAAUCAAAAAUGCUACGGUGUGCCCAGCAGAACACGAAAGUCCACAUGUACCCUACUAUAUCUAUAUAUUGCUAGUUGUGUAUGUAAGCCCUACGGUGGACCGGAUCAUCCGGCCACACGAUGUUUUCCUUUUCCGAUCGAUGUCAAUUAAGAUUUAUGAUUUAAAUUGCGACAAAACAAAAAGCAACAUAAUGCACACUAGAUGCAAGCUUGAUGGGAUCGCACAUCAAAGACGUCUCGAUGCACUGUCGAUGUCAAUUUCACCUAAACUCACACACGAACACUACAGGAAAAAAACACUUCCUUGAUGUUGCACAACAAUCAUAAAGCCGAGUUCUCGUUACUAACGCAAAACAGUUUUCUCGAAAUAAGCAAAAAAAAAGAACUGUUUCUAUACUGUUGAACAAAAAAAAAACAAAGAGCAGUAAACACUAGCUGUCAAACUUUUGUACAGAAAAUGUUACGAAAAAUCUUGCACACAACACGCAUGCAAAUGUAAUGUUUCUCUUGGUGUGAUGAACCACAGCCACAUAUUCUGAUACGCUAGCUAGUUGCGAUGAAUUCUUUUUCAUGGGAGAAUGUUAAGAAUGUUGGAACGAGGAAGAAGAGAGGAAAUGGAAAUAUAAUACGAACAGUUUUAAGUAAGCGUUAUGCUACUCUAUCGAAACAAUGUUAAGAGAUGAUCACUAUUACAAACAAUUUACAUUAAUAUUACAUUCUCAUGCACUAUAGGAAGUAUACGCACAGACAGUGUACGAGACACACUUUGGAGCACCUUACUCUUUUUACAAGCAUUAUUUUUUCCGACUUCAGGACAGGGAGUGAAAGAUUCUUUGGAUUACUUACUAGUACAGGUACCCUUUGGAUAUUGUCAAAAGUUUUUGGCAGAAGAAAAUCCUUUUGCGUUUCCGUGUUGUCGGUAACUCGUGAAAGGUUUUUUGAUGUUUUAUUUUACGCUCUCAGUUCAUCGCGACUAGUAUUGAAUAAACCUUGAACCCACGGAAAAGUCAAACACAAGUCGGUUAAUAAAUUUCUUGUUCAUUCGUUCAAAUGAAUAUUUCUAAGCCGUUAAGCUCGAUUACGACACGCCAACAAUGUACUAAACCAUAUAAAACACUCAACGGAACGAGCUCGGUGGCGUAUCCUUUUUCCAACUCGUCUUCACAACGUUAGAUGUAUCUUGUUGUGAGUAAGUGUGUGCAUGUUGCAAAUGUAUGUGUGUCUGUGUGCAUGUUUAAAACCCAUCAUUUUCCCGUCCCACGUGCUAGUGGAAGAAUAAACAAAAAGGAACGAUCGUACUUUACCUCGUUCUGAAGGUGCAAGGCUACGAGCUAUUGAUCUGAACUUAAGUGUAGUUUCAAUCACUCUCUAUAUCGGUGUUCUUGUUGCUCGCAACGCGGUGGCAGCUAAUGUGAAACGGAACGGUACGAGAAUAGUGCACAGGAACAUGUAUUAAACCGAAAUAUCAACACAAAACCCAAGAUCAUUAUCAUCGUAAUUGUAUACACCCAAACAGCAAAUGGAAUAACUCAAGCAUGACUCUCAACACUGUGUCAAUAUGUGAAGCGAAUCGGGAGGGACGUACUUUCCCAAUUUGAAGCGCAACAUUGGCGUGCGAAUAUUAUAACGGAGAAGAGUUCCAAUUUACACAAAAAUACAUUGAACACAACCCCAUAUAUAGUACAUAGUACUACAGGCAAAGAAGCAAACUACUGUUACUCUAAUUGUUCGUUUGUUUAAGAUACGAAAAAGCUUGUUGUUAUUGAACCAAUUUUCACAAGUUCUCAAGAAAUUACAAGGUUAUAAAGAGCAGAAGAGAAAAACAUGAUAAGUAAGAAAAAACACAGUAAAACUCAUCAAGAUAAAAGAACGAACAAACCAUCAAAAAUGCAUCCGAUAGUCUGCAUGAUAGCACGAUCCAAAGAACCACACAGAGAAAAUAGAAUUGAAAUGAUGAACAAAAAAAAACAAAUACAACCAAUACAAGUAGCGAGAAACAAACCUGUAACGUAAUCGCGUAGCACUAGAGAAGAAAACAAA